GAGCAAUAGAAGCCGGUGUUAGUGUGCGCGGGGCGGGGUCCCUGGAAGGCCGGGCGGGCGGAGGCUCGGGAAGCAGCCGCGGCAGACCCCGGCGCGGGAGCUGGGCCUUGGUCCGCACCCUGGCAGCUGUGUCUGUGUGCACGUCUUGGACAAGCAGGGCCCGCUGGGAACGAUGCCACCACCAUCAGACAUCGUCAAAGUGGCCAUUGAGUGGCCGGGUGCUAAUGCUCAGCUCCUUGAAAUCGACCAGAAGCGGCCCCUGGCGUCCAUCAUCAGGGAAGUGUGCGAUGGGUGGUCGCUGCCAAACCCGGAGUAUUACACGCUGCGCUACGCGGACGGGCCCCAGCUCUACAUCACUGAGCAGACUCGCAGUGACAUUAAGAAUGGGACAAUCUUACAGCUGGCUGUCUCCCCGUCCCGGGCCGCGCGGCAGCUGAUGGACAGGACCCAGUCGUCCAACAUGGAGACCCGGCUAGACGCCAUGAAGGAGCUGGCCAAGCUCUCUGCGGACGUGACCUUCGCCACCGAGUUCAUCAACAUGGACGGCAUCGUGGUGCUCACGCGGCUUGUGGAGAGUGGAACCAAGCUCUUGUCCCACUACAGUGAGAUGCUGGCAUUCACCCUGACUGCCUUCUUAGAGCUCAUGGACCAUGGCAUUGUCUCCUGGGACAUGGUGUCCAUCACCUUCAUUAAGCAGAUCGCGGGGUACGUGAGCCAGCCCAUGGUGGACGUGUCCAUCCUCCAGAGGUCCCUGGCCAUCCUGGAGAGCAUGGUCCUGAACAGCCAGAGUCUGUACCAGAAGAUAGCAGAGGAAAUCACCGUGGGACAGCUCAUCUCUCACCUGCAGGUCUCCAACCAGGAAAUCCAGACCUACGCCAUCGCCCUGAUCAACGCGCUUUUCCUGAAGGCCCCCGAGGACAAGAGACAGGACAUGGCCAAUGCUUUCGCACAGAAGCACCUCCGGUCCAUCAUCCUGAAUCAUGUGAUCCGAGGGAACCGCCCAAUCAAAACCGAGAUGGCCCAUCAGCUGUAUGUCCUGCAAGUCCUGACCUUUAACCUUCUAGAAGAAAGGAUGAUGACCAAGAUGGACCCCAACGACCAGGCUCAGCGGGACAUCAUAUUCGAACUGAGGAGGAUCGCGUUUGACGCAGAGUCCGACUCCAGCACUGUCCCCGGGAGUGGGACUGAGAAGCGCAAAGCCAUGUACACGAAGGACUACAAAAUGCUGGGGUUUACCAACCACAUCAACCCGGCAAUGGACUUCACGCAGACUCCUCCCGGAAUGCUGGCCCUGGACAACAUGCUGUACUUGGCCAAAGUCCACCAGGAUACCUACAUCCGGAUUGUCCUGGAGAACAGCAGUCGCGAAGACAAACACGAGUGCCCCUUUGGCCGCAGUGCCAUCGAGCUUACCAAGAUGCUCUGUGAAAUCCUGCAGGUCGGGGAACUGCCAAACGAAGGGCGCAACGACUACCACCCAAUGUUCUUCACCCACGACCGGGCCUUUGAGGAGCUCUUUGGGAUCUGCAUCCAGCUACUGAACAAGACCUGGAAGGAGAUGAGGGCAACGGCUGAGGACUUCAACAAGGUCAUGCAGGUGGUCCGAGAGCAAAUCACGCGUGCACUGCCUUCCAAACCCAACUCCUUGGAUCAGUUCAAGAGCAAACUGCGCAGCCUGAGCUACUCUGAGAUCCUGAGGCUGCGCCAGUCCGAGAGGAUGAGUCAGGACGACUUCCAGUCCCCGCCGAUUGUGGAGCUGAGGGAGAAGAUCCAGCCCGAGAUCCUGGAGCUGAUCAAGCAGCAGCGCCUGAACCGGCUCUGUGAGGGCAGCAGCUUCCGGAAGAUUGGGAACCGCCGAAGGCAAGAACGCUUCUGGUACUGCCGCCUGGCGCUGAACCACAAGGUCCUGCACUACGGCGAUUUGGAUGACAACCCGCAGGGGGAGGUGACGUUUGAGUCCCUGCAGGAGAAAAUUCCCGUUGCAGACAUUAAGGCCAUCGUCACCGGGAAGGACUGCCCCCACAUGAAGGAGAAGAGCGCCCUGAAACAGAACAAGGAGGUGUUGGAAUUGGCCUUCUCCAUCCUGUACGACCCUGACGAGACCCUGAACUUCAUCGCACCUAAUAAGUACGAGUACUGCAUCUGGAUUGACGGCCUCAGCGCCCUCCUGGGGAAGGACAUGUCCAGCGAGCUGACGAAGAGCGACCUGGACACGCUGCUGAGCAUGGAGAUGAAGCUGCGGCUCCUGGACCUGGAGAACAUCCAGAUUCCCGAAGCGCCCCCGCCGGUGCCCAAGGAGCCCAGCAGCUACGACUUCGUCUAUCACUACAGCUGAGCCUGGAGCCACAGGCGCCAGUGCCCAGGGAGGGAUUUGGGGCCCAGAAGAAACACUCACAGUCUGGUGCCUUGUCCUUUGCUUGUACAGAAUCUGUAGUGACCGUGGUGGCCAGUACAUGCCAACCGUUCCUCAAACCCACCUCAGACCACCAAGAGCUGCCUCCAGGUCCCCGUCUCCUGUGAGUCGUGAAGGCAGGUGCUCUGGCUUCCCCGCCACCGUGGAGCCUGUGUCUGGGCCGUGAGGAAUGAGCGGCAGAGGCCCUUGCCCUUCGGGCCGAGAAACUGCUUCUUGAGCUGGAUUUCACAGAAGCCACUCACCUUUUCUUCCUGAGCCUGAUCUCCGGUGGUCAGCUGUCUCACCGUGUGGGCAAGAGCUGCCUACGGAGGACCGACAUGCUGGGCAUGCUGCGAGCCUUGGGGAGGCUGCCUUUGGCUGGCCCGUGCCUGUGCCAGACCUAAGCAGAGGCCUUGCCUGUGCUUGCGUUGUCUUUGUGAGGGCUCACUGUGGCCUCACACGGGGCCUGCAGGCUGCUGCUGCUGCUAAGGCUGAGGCUGAGCUGCGGCUCCAAAGCUCUGUCCUCCAGAGCCGCCAGACCUCUCUCGCCCACGCAGUUGUCUGGGCAGAUGGUGAUUUCUACCUACAAGCUCCCAGUCUGUCAUCUUGGUGAGUCAGAGUCAGGAGGGCUGAGUCCCACCCUCUGACUCUCAAGGAACUCUGUGGGAAGAGCCCAGAUGAGCCUGGGCCUAGGCGGGUGAGGUCUCUCGAUUCCACUCCCCUCCCCCCACACUUCCAUCGUCCCUUCCUCUGGGAGAGAUCUCCCAGUGAACCUGAAGUGUGUCCCCUUCCAGGUGGCUUUCCUUUGGCCUUCCAGACUUCAGGAAGUUGGCCUUCCCUCCCUCCCCAUCCCAGCGCUGUGGUUCCUCCCUUGGGCCAUGAUUUCAGGGCGCUGGCCGAGGCCACAGCUGUGCCAACGGGGCAUCCUUGGUGCUGCUGCACUUGUAAACCACACGCACAGCCUCUCUCCUUGGACGUACGUCAACCCGGCAUUCAGUAUUGGUAGCCUGGCAUGGUAGGUCCUACCCAAUGAAGAGUGUACUAUAUAUUUUCUUUACUAUAGGCCAUACUUAUACAGACGUGUAUAUAUAUUUAUAUAUAAGCUCUACCUAUCCUAGGAUGGAAUGUUUGAGGGGAAAUAAAAUUGGAGGCAAAAAAAAAAAAAUAGUAACACUUCCAGUUGUGAGCCAAGACUGUACAGCCUGCGAGCAGCCAGGAGCUUCCUGUUAGUAACCAUGUUUUCAAUAAAUACUCUUUCAUGUACAAA